AUGGACGACGAACUAAUGAACGUGGUUACAGUGGGUGGCAAUGCGGUUUCUGCUUUUCUGUCUUGGCGUCUGCAGGCCACAAACGCCUGCGAUGUAACCCUCGUAUGGAAAUCCGGCUUCGAGAAUGUGUCGCAAUAUGGCAUAUCAUUCAAAUCCUCAACUUUUGGCAACGAACGGUUCAAGCCGCGCAAUGUCGUCAGGUCUCCCGAGGACGCUGUGGCGCGCAGAGAUGGCGCGUUCGACUACGUCAUCCUCUGCAUAAAAGCUCUUCCUGAUGUGUACGAUCUCGCCUCUAUCAUCGACUCAGUCGUUGAGCCACAACACACUUGCAUCUUGGUCAACACGACCCAUAGUUUGGGCGUCGAAGCUGCCAUUGAGGAGCGGUUUCCUACGAACGUCGUUCUGUCUCUUGUUUCCAAUGCAGAACUUGUGCAGACCGGUACCAGCGAAUUCGAGCACAAGGGCUCCACGGAGAUCUGGGUUGGGCCUACCAACAGCAAGAAUGAUCGCAUUCCUAAAACCAUUCGCGAAGAUAUGGCGCAGGCUCUCGCUAUGACUCUUUGCUCCGGCCAGGUCGAAUGCAAAGUCUCACCAAAUAUUCGCCAACAGCAAUACGAGAGGCUCAUUGGGCCCAUUGCAUUCCAUCCAGCAAGCGUCAUUUUCGAAACACCAAGCCAUGCAGCUCUGGUUGAAAAAGUUGGCGUCCGGCAACUGAUCUCGAGCCUUUUUGACGAACUGCUAGCCCUCGCCGAAGCGCAAGGCUGCAAAUUCCCACCAGACUUCAAGGAGCGAACCAUGACUGAGAUGGCAAAGCCACAACAGCCCGAGAGCGUCAUGUGGCAAGAUUACGUCGCAAGACGUCCUAUGGAGGUCGAUACAUUCCUCGGCUCACCGCUGCGCCUGUCCCAGGAGGCCGGCAUCGCAGUACCGCGCUUGGAAACGAUGUAUGCGAUAAUGCAUAAUUUGAACACGGUCAACCGGACGCGGCCAAAGGGCGACGCAAACGGACCUUCCCCGAGCUCACCAACUGGCACCAUAACCAUGACGCCGCGUGCUCCAUCACAAGCUGGUGGUGGCCGUCCCAUGACGAACGGAGGCCCGAACGGCAUGCCCAAUGGCAUAGGUCGCCCCAGACCCCGUGUUUCCUCCCAGAUGGGACCCAACGGUCGGCGCCCGCCGGUGUCAAUGAACACGAAUGGCGGACCGAAUGGCUAUGGUAGACCACCAUCGUCGCGCCAGCAGUCAAGGCGUGGUUCCAUGGAAGGACAGGACCUGGAAGAAUUUAGCCACGUGGUGCUCUACAACGAUAUUCCUGAAGGUGGCGAAGCCGCACACCCCCCUACUGACUCGGAGUUGGCCUUGAGAGAGCGGGAAUUGCAGCUCCGCCAGCGAGAAAUCGCGCUCAGAGAACAGGAGAUGAGAAUGCGCCGUCCCGGCCCGUCAUCAAGAAGGGGUCCGCCUCCCGGCCCGCCUGCGCGAUCAGGUAUUGAUAUCGGUAUCUACGACGAUGAUGAUGAAGAGGACGACUACUUUGAUCCAAAUGCGGGCCCGCCGGCACCCAUGAUCGAUCCUGACAACUUCGACAUGAUGAGUGUGACAUCCCGGAAAAACAGAAAGGUAGCGGGCAGCAAUGCGAACAAUGCCCAGUUCCGCAAGGGUGGCGAUCCCGCGGCGUCUAGAGGUAGCAGGUUCCGGCCCGUCUUUGGCAGAAACAGGUCCAGCCAGAUCGUGGACCAGGCUCCUCCAGUCGGCAGCAACAUCCUUGACGACCCGUUGUUGUCGUUUACUUCUAACCGAUACGGAAAUGUCGACCGCGGGCAGAUGCAUGCCGAAUCUCGUGCAAACUCACUCACUGCGUCCCGCCUAGAAGACCUUCAGUUCCCUCCUGGCAGCGCUGGCGGCUUCCCACGCCGGACCAGCCAUUCGCCAGGCAACACAUUUAGUCCGUCGGUUCGUGGUGGUCCUGGUGGCCGCCCAUCACCACCCAAUGGUUUCGGUGGCCCAGCGAACGGUAGGCCGUCGCCACCUGACGGCGUUCGCCAGCCAGUUCCACGAUACCCACCUGGUCAAGGCAAUGCUGUGGCGCCGCAACAGGUUGAGCAACACGCCGGGGUGAGCUCCCUUCAGCCGCCUUUUGGGAAAAACGUGCGAAGUCUGACGGGAAGUGCAAGUGCUAGCGCGGGUAGUAGCGAUUCCGCCCAUCUCGACUCGGAACCAUCGGCACACAGCAGCCAGAGCAGCCUGGGGCCGAGACCUCCCAUUGGUGUCCGGUAA